AUGUUAAUUUUCUUAUUAAUUGUUUCAGUUUGGGCACGCUCAUACCCGCUUUAUACAUGGGUUCAGAUUACACACAUGGAAGGAUUAGUCCCUUUACCUAGAGGAGGCCACACAAUGUCAACGAUUGGUAGGGUUUUGUACAUUUUUGGAGGAUGUGAUGUCACUAUGCAAUGCUUUAAUGACCUGCAUAGUUUUAAUACGGAAACUUUCACUUGGUCAAGGCUGAACUCAACAGGAGACCGUCCAAGCAAGAGAGGUGGCCACUCAGCUGUGGUAUUGGGCACACGAAUAAUCAUUUUUGGAGGAUCUUCACAAAGUCUGGACUAUAAUGAUCUUUAUGAGUACGACGCAGUUAAUGACCACUGGAAAAAUUUAUUGCCUGAAGGAGAACGGCCUUCUGGGAGGACUAAUCAUGCUGCAGGGGUUGAUGCAGAUGGAAACAUGAUCGUUUUUGGAGGCUACAACUCAAGAGGUUAUUUAAACGAUGUGUGGCUAUAUUCUCCUUCAAAUAAUGUGUGGAUUACUUAUCAGACCUCAGGAGAUGCACCAACACCAAGAGAAUUGCUGUCUAUGAAUAUUGUCCUGAAGCAGGCUUAUACUUUUGGUGGAUUCCAUGAAGGAGGAGUUAGCUCAGAAAUGUAUAUGCUUGAUGCUGAGCUAAUGGUAUGGCAGCAGCUUAAAGAUGAUGGAUACAUCCCAGAGCCAAGAGAAGGCCAUGCUGCAGUCAGAAUUGGAGAUUUUCUAUUUUUAAUUGGAGGCUGCGACUAUGGGCUUACUACUUGCUAUAAUGACGUGUAUGUACUUGAUUUAUUGACUUUAUGAUGGACAAAACUUGAACAUAAAGAAUUCACCCCUCAGCCUGCACUUAAGGAGAGACACGCAGCUGCAAAUGUGGGGGAAAACAUUUAUGUCUUUGGAGGGUGCUAUUUGGGAAACCAUUGCUUUAAUGACCUCAUGCUGAUUAACACAGGACUUGAAUGCCUUAAUGACUGCAAUGAUAAUGGAGUAUGCAGAGGAGACAUUUGUUUGUGUGAUAAAGGAUAUAUGGGAAAUGAAUGCGAAAUCAAGCCAAAAUGCUAUGCAAAUUGCCUUUACAGAGGACUAUGCACAAGCUCUGCAAAGUGUGAUUGCUACCCUGGAUAUAAAGGUGCUAUCUGUGAAUAUGAAUCAAAUUGCAUACGCUAAAAUGGCGUGCGAUCCAAUCUACCCUCUGGUUCCUGUAGCUGGAAUCGCACAAAAUGCACAGGGAUCUUGAGGAAGGUCGUCGUAUGACGUUCGGAAAUGUGUAUCCGGCCGGAGUUUUCUUGGUUUGGUGAAGCGCAAUGCCGGUUAGCCGACUGCAAGCUGUACUCUAAUAUCAGGUUUUUGCUUCAAUUGGAGAUGGAUCCAGAAGUUGGAAAUGGUUGCCAAUGGCGUUCGUCUUGACCGAGCAUGAAACCGGGGAAUUACGAAAAAAUUCAACCUUCUUUUGAAUUUUUAAUGGCGGGAAACUCUGACAUAUGGCAUGGCGAUGCGAGUCGCUUAACUAGGGCGCGAGUAAAAGCCUCUUCCAGCAGGAGCAGUCUUUAUAAGGAUGUUUAAACUUAAUAACUAAUUUGUGAAUAUGAAUCAAAUUGCCCUAAUAAUUGCACAAGCAUUCUAAAUGGAGUUUGUCAGCCAAAUGGUGAGUGUCUCUGCAAUCUUGGAUAUUCUGGGCCUUCUUGCACUUGCGACUGUGUCAAUGGAGUUUGCCAUGAUGGAGGCUGCAUAUGUGAAGCAGGAUGGAGGGGGUCAAUUUGCAAUAUUAAAAUAGAAGAAGAGUCUCAAUCAGUAUCGGAAGAAAGCCAAAGUGACACUCAAGAAGAAACUAAUAGUACAGAGGAAGCAAGUGAAGCUCAAGAUAAUUCAACUGAAUCAAGUAAUGAUGAAAAUUCCACUGAAACAAGCUCUGGAGUUUUCAUACAAAAACUUCUAGUAAGCAAUCCGAGUAAUAAUUCACCAGUAUUUACACAAAUGAGCAUUAAAUCGGAAAUACCUUUAUCAAGAGAAUAGAAAUGAAAUGGUGACGUUAACGGAAAUUUGACUCCUAGGUGCACUCCCUGUGGAGCAGCAGGACCCAAACUGAUGAAGCUGAAAAUAGGCCUUCAGGCUUGGGGGAGCCCUGCUGAAGAGAAAAGUUUUUUUUUUUCACCAUGGAGGUUUUUCUGUCACUGCCAGAUGGGCUAGACAGGUGGUCAACCACAGGUAGCAACCCUGCACCCCCACCCCCCCUAAAAGUUGUACCCCCCCCCCCCUAAAAAAUGGCACCCCCACCCCCCUUUCACAGAUGGCACCCCACCCCCCCCUUAAUAUAGCAUAAAUAUAUGACAAAUGCCAUUUAGAGCAGACGUAAUAAAUAAAUUAUUAUUUUAAAUAUUUAAAAUUACUGAUUUAUACAAUAUCCACAUAGCGUAGCACAAUCGAUUAAGGAGUAGGUGGAAUGAGGUGAGAAUUUCCUAUAACUACUAAGCACACCACAUAUGAAAAUUUGUUAGCGAGCAUAAUAAUGAUCUUUUGUAUUAAUUAGCAAUAUAUCCUGCAUAUAUUUAUGAACUUUGUGGAGCAAUGGCUAAAAGUCGAAUUAGAGAUCCAAAAGUAAAACUGACAAUAGCAAAUGCUAUUUCUAUUACCACUAUUGAAUCCUGUUACCAAUUCAGUCCUGCAAUCCUUAUACAAUGGACAAUAGAUUAGCUUUAAUGUAUGAAUCAAUAAAUUUAAUGCAAUUUAUUGUGUUGUGCUUGGCUCAUUUAAUAAUUAAUGCCAUUAUCUAUAUCUUUGGCAUUAUAUUUAUAAAUAUAAAAAACAAAUUUAAUAUAUUUUCUAAUUAAUUGCUAAUUAAUUUAAAUUUAUUAAUUAAUCAUAAAUAUAAAGUAAUUUGUGGACUUAAUUUAUCAAUAUAGUGUUUUAAUUGGGUUAUAUUUAAUUUAUUUUGCUUGUUUCCUAUCAAUUACUUCUAUAGAAUAAACCCGAGAGGGGGGGUGGGGGUGCCAUCUGUGAAAGGGGGGGUGGGGGGUACCAUUUUUAGGGGGGGUGGGGGUUCCCCUUAUUGGGGGAGUGGGGUGUGGGGUUGCUACUUAUGCUUGACCAGACAGGUUUUGCCCCACAUGGUUUCCUUUGUCGGACCAUCGGGAACUCUCUGCCUAGGAAGCUGAUCCCUUGGACAGAAGGUUCAGACUGGAAAUCUAAAUGGCAGCCUUCCAUUAUUCGCAUUCAAACUCUGAGUGGGAUGGUGAAUUCUAUUUUUGGAGACAAGGCAAAAGUUAGUGAGCUUGCCCACUUAUGACGGUUUAGCAAUUUAAUUUAAUUUAUCAAGCGAAUGUGGAAAUGAUUGCAAUGGAAACGGAAAGUGUAUUAAUCAAGAAUGCUAUUGCAAUAGUGGAUGGACUGGGAAUCUUUGCAAUACAAAAAUUAGCAGUAAAGAGGGAUAUCCAAUGAUAAUAGCUUCGAUGCUCACUUUUGGCUUUAUAAUUGCUGGAGCCAUCAUUGGAUUUUGCUAUUUCGGGUGGAAAAAGAUAGUCAGAGAACCUGAAGAAUUUAACCUCAUAAAUUAA